UGCCUGUGUCUCUGCCUCUCUCUCUCUCUCUGUGUGACUAUCAUAAAUAAAUUUAAAAAAUAAAAAAAAAAUCAGGGCUUCUUAUUUCCCCCCAAGUCAGCUGGUUGAAGAAUAUGGUAUCUGGUAUAAAAAGCAUAAAAAGUGGUAAGAAGCAAACUUAUUAUAAAAUAUAGGUAUCUAUCUAACUAAAUAAGCUUAAGCUUAAGGCCUUUAUCUUAAAAAAUUUAUAUUUACUCACUUAAUUUUGUCUAUAUAUUAUUCUGAUAAUAGUCAAGUAAUCAAGUCCUAUAAUCCUUUGAGCUUCAGUUUCCUUAUCUGUAAAACUCCUUUGAUCUCCUCCCCAGGUCUAAGAAUCUGACUCUAAUACUGUUUGAUUUCCUUCUAAAUUUAAUGUGGGUUAACACUGUAAAAGGACUCAUAACAAAGUGAAAUGCUUCUUCAUUCAACAAUACUACUAUUUGUGUAGCAGUAUAGGAACACAGAAACUUCCCUUUGAAAAAAUAGUCUCCUUGAGACCAUGUGAUACCAAACACCUUUAAAAACUUUUGUAUCAUCAUAAAUUCCUCACAUACUUGGGAAUAAACAAAUAUUAACUAUUAUGAAUUAUAAUUUUAUAAGGACUUAUCUCACCUGGUUAGAUUAUGUAAAGGGGAAAUGGAGUAAAGUCCCGCUGAUUAGAGUGUGGGGGACCAGGUUAUCCUCUUGCUUUGUGCCUAUAAUUAAUUACUCUAUCUUAUGCAAUAUAAUGAAGUAACCUUAUAGAUUAUGCAAUUUAAUGGAAUUAAAAAGUUUGUAAAAGUUCUAUGCACUUUUAAAAAUAGCUUACAUUUGGACACUUCCAAAAUAUGCUUUGACAUGAGAAUUUUAAUUUCUAAGUCGAGACGCAGGGUGGCGCUGCAGGCUAAGACUGAAUCAAGAGCCCUAAAAAGCUCGCGUAUUCCUUUGUUGCAAAGAGAAAAAAUACACGCAUGAAGCUUUGCCAGCCGUGCUGGAUUACUAGCGAGUUUGGGCUGCGAUACACUAAACGAACUUACGAUUAAAGGCAACUUUGUGAGGACUCUACCAAACAAGAAAUCAGAAUUUAAUACCUCCAGUCUUUUUCUGGCUCCCAGGAGGGAUUGGAUAUAAAAGCACCAGGUCUCCAACAUGGAGACACCAGAGAGAAUUCAACCAAACAGGCAAGUGAUGGCCUUUAUUUUAAUGGUGUUCUUGUCUCAGGCUCGCGGCGAGCCUAUUCGUUAUUCUGUGAUGGAAGAAACAGAGAGUGGCUCCUUUGUAGCCCAUCUGACAGAGGAUCUGGGCCUGGGGAUUGGGGAACUGGCAGCCAGGUCGGCCCGGGUGGUGUCUGACGAUGACAAGCAGCGCUUGCAGCUGGACCGUCAGACUGGAGAUUUGCUUUUGAGGGAGAAACUAGACAGGGAAGAGCUAUGUGGCCCCGUUGAACCGUGUGUACUGCAUUUCCAAGUAUUUCUAGAAACUCCAGUUCAGUUUUUUGAAGGAGAAUUAUCAAUCCAGGACGUAAAUGACCACUCCCCGGUAUUCCCGACUAGGGAAAUGCUCUUGAAAAUACCGGAAAACAGCCCGCCAGGGACUCUCUUUCCGUUGAAAUUGGCUCAGGAUUUGGAUGUGGGCAGCAAUGGUCUUCAAAAAUACACGAUCAGCCCCAAUUCUCAUUUUCAUGUUCUAACCCGAAAUCAUAGUGAGGGCAAGAAAUACCCAGAUUUGGUGCAGGACAAAGCACUGGAUCGAGAAGAGCAGCCUGAGUUCAGCUUAACCCUCAUGGCACUGGAUGGUGGGUCUCCACCUAGGUCUGGCACCACUGCAGUGAGAAUCCUGAUUAUGGACGUCAAUGACAAUGCUCCAGAGUUUGUGCACUCCCCAUAUGAGGUGCAGGUCUUGGAAAACAGCCCAAUAGACUCCCCAGUACUUAGUGUCUCGGCUAGAGAUGCAGAUGCUGGAAACUUCGGGAGUGUUUCCUAUGGCUUGUUCCAAGCAUCAGAUGAAAUUAAGCAAACUUUCUCAAUAAAUGAAGUCACAGGAGAAAUCCGACUGACAAAGAAACUGGAUUUUGAACAAAUUAAAUCUUACCACGUGGAAAUUGAGGCUGUUGAUGGAGGAGGCCUUUCUGGAAAAGGCACUGUAGUCAUAUAUGUGGUGGAUAUGAAUGACAACGCCCCUGAACUUACCAUAUCUUCAGUCACCAGCUCUAUCCCAGAAAAUGCUCCUGAGACUGUAGUGUCUGUCUUCAGAAUUCGAGAUAGAGACUCUGGAGACAAUGGAAAGAUGAUUUGCUCUAUUCCAGAAAAUCUGCCUUUCCUUCUGAAACCGACUUUCAAGAAUUUCUACACCCUGGUAACAGAGAGCCCCCUCGACAGAGAGAGCCAGGCGGAGUACAACAUCACGAUCACCGUCAGUGACCUGGGGACCCCCAGGCUGAAGACCCAGCACAACAUCACCGUGACGGUCUCCGACGUCAACGACAACGCCCCCGCCUUCAGCCAGACCACCUACACCCUGCGCGUCCGCGAGAACAACAGCCCCGCCCUGCACAUCGGCACCGUGAGCGCCACCGACAGAGACGCGGGCGCCAACGCCCAGGUCACCUACUCGCUGCUGCCGCCCCGGGACCCGCACCUGCCGCUCGCCUCGCUGGUGUCCAUCAACGCGGACAACGGGCAGCUGUUCGCGCUCAGGUCCCUGGACUACGAGGCGCUGCAGGCCUUCGAGGUCCGCGUGGGCGCGGCCGACCGCGGCUCGCCCGCGCUGAGCAGCCAGGCGCUGGUGCGCGUGCUGGUGCUGGACGACAACGACAACGCGCCCUUCGUGCUGUACCCGCUGCAGAACGGCUCUGCGCCCUGCACCGAGCUGGUGCCGCGGGCGGCCGAGGCGGGCUACCUGGUGACCAAGGUGGUGGCGGUGGACGGCGACUCGGGCCAGAACGCCUGGCUGUCGUUCCAGCUGCUCAAGGCCACGGAGCCCGGGCUGUUCCGCGUGUGGGCGCACAACGGCGAGGUGCGCACGGCCCGGCUGCUGAGCGAGCGCGACGCCGUCAGGCACAGGCUGCUGGUGCUGGUCAAGGACAAUGGCGAGCCGCCGCUGUCGGCCAGCGUCACGCUGCACGUGCUGCUGGUGGACGGCUUCUCGCAGCCCUACCUGCCGCUGCCGGACGUGGCGGCGGCCGAGGCCCGGGCCGACCCGCUCACCGUCUACCUGGUCAUCGCCUUGGCGUCCGUGUCGUCGCUCUUCCUGUGCUCGGCGCUGGCGUUCGUGGCGGUGCGGCUGUGCAGGAGGAGCGGGGCGGCGUCGGGGGGUGGCUGCGCGGUGCCCGAGGGCCACUUUCCGGGCCACCUGGUGGACGUCAGCGGCGCGGGGACCCUGUCCCAGAGCUACCAGUAUGACGUCUGUCUGACCGGAGUCCCUAGAACUGGUGAGUUCAAAUUUCUGAAACCGAUAUUUCCCAACCUCUUGAUUGAGGACAGUGAGAGAGAAAUUAAAGAAAACUCCAACUGCAGGAAUAGCUUCGUAUUCAGUUAAAGAUUGUAUCUGGUCAAGUCAGCCUCUCCUUAAUUUUGGUAAACAUCUCAUUGCCAUGCUUUUCUUUUAAUAAAUUUUGUUGUCUAAAUAUGUAUAUCUCUAUUCCAAAACUAUGCAUAUCCCUGAUUGUGCUAAAAUUUCCUCCUUUGAUUAAUAUUCAUUGGACUCGCAUUUUCAGUUACACUGGUUAUGGAGUAUGUAUAUUCUCCAUAUUUGACCUUUUCUUAUGAUUAAUCUUUCCAUAACUAUAAUUACUCAAGUAGUGUAAGAAAAAACUUUAUUUAAAUCAACUUCUUAAUGUCUUAAAGCUUUUAUGUAUUCGUGCAUUCUAUAUAUUUGUGAUGUUUGUCUUUAUCUUCGGAGUGUUGGAAAUUCUUUUAGCUACCUAGGCCUUGUUGACUGUUCUCCAGGUUAUGUCCCCGAAAACCCAUGAGCAUCUAACUUAACUUAAUUGUUUCUCUGAAAUUGUACAUAAACAUGCAUUUUGAUUAAAAUAUUAAUACGCUAAAAUUGUGACUUCCUAUUGUGAACACCAUACUAGAAUUUAAAAAAAUUUUUUGAUUGUUACUUACCUAUCACCUUGUGUGUGUUCCAUAUAUACUAAUAUUAGAUUUUAAAAAUUAUUCUCAUUUAUAAGUAAUAAUUGAGGAGAAAAAUCCAUAAUUUGGCAUCAUGCUCACUAAACAAACCUAAGUCACUGCUUGGUAAGAUCCUUUAAAACAAUUUCAGAACCUUAAAUAAGCCUUAAAUCCUUUCAAAGGAUUCAAGAUAUGAAGGACAUCAUAUACCUCCUUGUCCUUCAUUUUGCCCAAUAAAUAGAAGUUCAUGUGUAAUUUAAUGUAUAUGUUUCUUUUGGUUUUCUUGCAGCUUCUCUCCAUCUUUCGAAAGGGUCAAAGAAUUUCUUCUGAGUUUCAGUUAUUCUUUUCAGGUCUAUUCAAGGUUAUUGAGUGAUAGGAAAUUUUCAUUUUAAAUUACUUUGCAGGGGAUCCCUGGGUGGCGCAGAGGUUUGGCGCCUGCCUUUGGCCCAGGGCGCAAUCCUGGAGACCCGGGAUCGAAUCCCACAUCGGGCUCCCGGUGCAUGGAGCCUGCUUCUCCCUCUGCCUGUGUCUCCGCCUCUCUCUCUCUCUCUGUAACUAUCAUAAAUAAAUAAAUAAAAAAUUAAAUUACUUUGCAGACAUAAACAUCCUUUAUCAACAAAAUAAUGUUUUAUUUUUGAUGUCGAAGUUAUCUUCUGUUCAAUGUACUCUGAGGUAUUUAAUGUAAGCUUAUCAAUUCUGCUAAAUUUUCAUUUAUAAGAAAUAAGCAUUAUUUUGUCAUUUUGGACAAUAAGAAUAGAAAUAGGAAUUAAAUAAGAAGUGAACUUAUCAGAAGUAUAAUUGUUUUACAUUGUAUUCAAUAAGCAAAGUCAGCUAAUCAUGUGGUUUCCAACUAAAUUUAUAUGGAUAUAAGUGUAAAACCUCUUAGUUGAACUUUUGGCAUAAUGUGAGCAAUUAAAGGGCUUGCUUUUUAAUCUAAAUAUUUAUUUUUAAUCUGAAGGGUCAUCCUACUAGAAUUUAAUUAUUUAUACUUAUCCCUGAAUUACUUUUUUUCUUAAGGGUAUAAUGACAUAAAAAGGAAAAUUACUGGUUAAGUUAUUCCUGAAACAUAACCUUUAGCUUUCAUCUAGCCUAAAAAUUGAAAUGAGAAAGUGAGGGAUCCCUGGGUGGCACAGAGGUUUAGCGCCUGCCUUUGACCCAGGGCGUGAUCCUGGAGUCCCGGUAUUGAAUCCGACGUCGGGCUCCCGGUGCAUGGAGCCUGCUUCUCCCUCUGCCUAUGUCUCUGCUUCUCUCUCUCUCUCUGUGUGACUAUCAUAAAUAAAUAAAAAUUAAAAAAAAGUUUAAAAAAAAGAAAUGAGAAAGUGAUAAAAAUGAGAACAAAAUUAAACACAAGUACAUAUAGGCAUAAAUAUGGUAGUAAACUUUAAUGACUACUCCAUUUACUGGCUAUUUAAAUGAAUAGCUUUUAUGUAUGGUGAUGAGAAAUGUGAUUGAAGUUUUCACAGUAUAUUUCAACAUUAUCAAAAUCCAAGUUCCCUUUUUUCUGUUUAUGUCAGUAAAGUCCAAUUUGUAUAAUUGCCCAAAUGAGACUGGCCAAAUAAACACCCAGAACCCACCUUUAUGAAUUUAUGUGUAAAUCUGUGAAUUACUUUUUGUAUUAUUUUAUGGAUUACUGUGUGUAUUCAUAAAGCACAGAUCAUUCUUUACAAUAAUGCAUGGAUCAUUCUGUAUACCAGACUUUGGUGUAGAAUGGAUCAACAUUUUGAAAUUCAAUGAUUUUCUAAGUAAGAUGAUUUCAAAGAUUUUUUCAGUAGUAAAUGUGAUCAAAUAAUAUCUGCAGAUUGAAUACCUUAUGAAAAAUAGGCCAAUUCUAUUGUUGCAAAAACAAAAAUAAACAAUGAAGGCCAAAGAUCUUGAUAAUAAUGCUCAUUUCAAUCCUAUGUUUUCUCACAUGCUUCUGUUAUAUGUGCAUUUUUCCUGUUUUACUGAGAAAUAAUUGAAAUACAUACUGUGUAAAUUUAA